AUGGAUCAAUCAGCCAUGUCGUGGCCGGAGCAGCUGCAGGAAAACAACUUCAUGACUGCGAACGGAGACGAAGAGUUCUCCAACAUGUUCGACUUCAACAUACCUUUCCCCGAUAUCGAGCACGGACCAGGGAAUAUGCAACAUUCCCUACCGACGACCACCGGGCCGGGCUCCGAUAUGAAUAACUUGCGAUCGCAUCCUAUGGAAUACUCGGGUGAUAUGGAGGGCCUCAUGGAUUUCAACGAUCCCUCACAGUCGCAUACGCAUGCGGGUCACCCAAUGCCUUACUCGACUCCCAGUAUGACGCCGUCCUUCAGCGCGCAGCAACCGUCGCCCAUGUCGCAACCCCCGACUCGUCAACAUUACAUUCAUGGCCAGACGGCGAUACCUCCCACUCCGAACAGCAUUGAGAUGCAUGGCAAUGGCACCCGCUAUUCCCAACGCGUGGAGGACACCCCGGACAUGUACGACCAAUAUGCGCGAAUCAACGAGGAAGCAGCUCUCUAUACCCCUCUUGUUUCUCCGGCCAUGACACCCCUAGAGAACCAAUUCGGACUCCCUGAAUACACCAUCCCCGGCGAAUACUUCACGCCUCUCACCUCUCCCGCGCUAGAGGCGCAAAACGCCGAGUCUAGCAGUUACCAGUACCAUGCAAGACAGGUGUCGGAGGUGGGCUUCGUCCCCACCACUACUGAAAUGAAUACUCUCCCCGCAGCCUCGGCUCCACCCUCUCCCAGCGUCGUUCGGAAGACCAACAAUCGUCGUCGCCCAUCGACCACACCCACGACUACUACCCGGCUUAACAAUGCACGAAAGGUCAAACAGUCACCUAUCAUUCGGGCGCAGCGCAAACGGAGCACGCUGGCUCCCAACUCGGAAGAGUUCUACAAUAGUCUGACACAGGAGUUAAACUCCGCCCAGCCGCGGAAUCAGGACCUCCGCUCAAUUCAACUCAGCAGCAAUGAGGGUUCUGGACAAGACUCGGUCUCUCCCGAGGCAUUAUCGGAACCGUUGAUGCCACCUCCUGCGGUUCCUCCCCCACGGAUGUCUCCUGCCAUUGCUCCCUACAUUCCCACCGCCUCGCCGGGCACUGCUGCGACCCCGGCGCUUCUGAUGCGAAUUCAGCGGAAUCAGCAUUUGCAAAGUCCCUCAGGCCAGUUUGGCGGCCAAGCGCAGCUCGCAGAGCCCGAAAUCCCAGAUGAGGUCAUGGAGGAUAUCUCCCUCCCAGAGGCGGCUGCACCUUCGCAGUUGCGCCCGAAACCACAACGGAUUGAUACCGCCAGACGAACCCCAUCAGUCUCCGCGAGUGGGACGCCAUCUUUGGACCCUUCGCCUGCGUACGAUCAAACACCCAGUGCCUCUGUUGCUCCCAGUCCGCGCACAGCUGCCAUGCCAUCUCCGAGUGGGCCUAUACCUCGGAAAUCAGAAGCCAAGUAUGCGUCUAGUCGCAAACGAGCCAGUUUGAGUUCCACACAAGCUAGCCCACAAUUGCGGCCAAAGAUCAGUCCCAGCAUACAGCCGUUGGUGCGAGGCAACGAGGGCAUGUCACAAGAUGCUCUUUACCUCGCAUCAAAGUCCAACUAUCAACACAUUCUCGACGGUACUCUGCCUUCCGGUGUGAGCUACCCAGAGACUCUGGCCGAGAAUCUGAGCUCGAAGCGCACAAAUCAUAAACUCGCCGAGCAGGGGCGCCGUAAUCGGAUCAACAAUGCACUCAAGGAGAUUGAACAGCUCAUUCCGCAGGAGUUCAUCGACGCCCGCAACGCCAAGGAAGCCAGAGAAUCCGGCGGCAAAAGCGAGAAAGAAAAGGAGAAGGAGAAGGAGAAAGAAAAAGCCAAUCAAGCCAUCAGUAAGGCCACCGCCGUGGAGAUGGCCAUUGAGUACAUCAAGUCUCUGAAGUCCACCCUUGACGCAACUUCAGCCAAAUUGGCUGCCGCUGAGGCCAAGUUGUCGGAGCCUACUAAACAGGAGAUCGCUGACAAUCCCUCUGCCAUGCCGACUUCCACCGCUGAAUCCGAGAAGACCGCAAAUGUUGCCGUUGACUCCGAUACAAAGAGUUCUGCUUGA